AUGGGGGAGAAUGACAAGCUGGUAGAAGCUGCCCGGGAGAACUGUUCUCGCAAUUCGGCGCCUGUGUCUGUGCACAAGGGUGGGGUCCAUGACCUUCAGCAUCUUAUCGAGCACGGCAGUGCACCCCAUGCUCUCAUAGCGUCAUCUUCACGGUCUGCCGGUUUGGGGGAGGAUUUCUACAGCUACAUCUCACACAGUCAGGUUCGAGAGGUACUGUACAUCUCAGCUGGGCGUCUGUCAUCUCAACAGGACUUGCCCAAGCUGCAGAAGUUGGGUUUUGACGUCCGAUCUUUAGAAGUUGUGGACCCCAUGCCGGGUACAGAUCAUGUAGAGAUUCGAGCGCAUUUGAAACGUGACGGCACCGCAGACUUCGUGGGCCCAGCAGUCCUGACGCAGGGUCUUUCAGCUGCUUGCUGGCCGAAGUGCGAGUGGCUUUGCGGCACUUGUGAAAAUCUGGUAUUCCGAAGGCACAUUCGGCAGUGCCCCCGAUGUGGUGGCUUCCGCGACCUUGAAGCUGCCGCCCGCCUGCAGCAGAAGGCGGAGUUAUCCACCAUCAUUAAGGCCAUACAAAAGGAUCCGGAUCUGAGAGAGAAGUGGCUGGAGCACUGCAAGGCCGCCGAACUUUCCAAGAAUCCAAUGCUAAACAGACACAGCUCCAACCACGCCUUUCUGAUAGAGAAUGUGGAUUCUUCGAGCUUGGCACCCUACCAGGGUGUGUUGCGCAAGCAUGGGAUUGUUCUGAAUUCUGAAGUGGUGGUUGAAAGUGACGAGCUGCCCUCCGCUAGCAUAAGCAGAUCUUCCCCUCGCAAGCUCCUCAUUGUGUCUGCAAAGAGAGGAGAGUGGGCCCUGCAAGUCGCGGCAGAGGUGUCGCAGAGUCUGCGAACAAAGAGCAGCAACAACAUGUUCCCGCAAAUUGCAUCUCCCUCGCGGUGGAUUUGGGCAAGCUUUGAUAAGAAAUCACAAGGGCCACCAAAGAUGGACCAAGAUGCGCCGCAGUGGCACUGGGUAGACAUCAAAAAUGCCGACAAUAUCUUGGGCACCCAGUGCGAGGUGUGUGUUCUGGUGUGCAUUCCCCACCUUCAAGCCGACGCUCUUGGGGCUUUGUCAGGCUUGGUUGUUGGAGGUGGUUUACUUGUUUUGGUUAUGACGGAAAACGCCGAAGUUCAUCAUGGGCCACGCAGAUCCGUACCAAAGAUAGUCGGUGAGCAUUGUCCAAGCAGGAAGCUUUUCUGGAGAACGCCGUUCGACAUCCGGUUUGGUAAGAUACUUCAGGAUUGUCCACACACUCACUUGGACCACGUGAGCGGCGCACACAAACACGUGCCGAGUGCUCCUGGGUCUAUGGACGACUGCGGCAGUCGCAAGCAUCAGCCUGACCAAGGCCCCGGUUCAUGUGAUGUUACCUCAUCGCCUGUCGAUGCAGCCGGUCCCCUCUCCAGCGUUCUCAGUCUCUGCAAGACUGCGGAGCAAGCUGCCGCUGUCGAGGCCAUCGCUGCAGCUGCGACACAAGGCUCACUGCUGGCCCUGCUAGCACCACGCGGCAGGGGGAAGAGCAGCGCGCUGGGUAUUGCAGCAGCGGCUCUUCUGGCGCAGAUGCGCACAAUCGUUGUGGUAGCUAAAACGGAGAGGUCUGUCGCCGAGGUUUUCUUUUGGGCUCGGGAAGGCCUGACACUACUGAAAUGGGCAGUAUUGGCCGACAAGGAGGUAUCAGAAGACUCCCAUGACCUGAGCUGCACACUUCAAGCAAUACCUCCCUCUGCAGAACCAACUGAUCUUCGGACAAUCCGAUUGGAGACAAGUUUGGAUCUGUGCUUGGGAGAGAUUGACCUGGUGAUGGUCGAUGAGGCUGCUGCACAGCCAACGGCAGCACUGGAAUGCUUCUUCGAAUCUGUGCAAGCUAUGCGCAACUUGGGUGUUGUCGUAGCUGGGACGGUACAUGGAUACGAAGGCACGGGCCAUGGACUGCUGCGUGCUCUAGAGCGGGCAGAAUGGAAGGGAAUGCCUUUGGCGCGCUUGAAGAUGGAGACUCCAAUCCGAUGGCCUUCGGGCGACCCCGUUGAAAAGCUGGUGGCGGAUGCGCUUCUGCUUGAUCCCGAGCCGUUGCCUUUGCCCACUGUUGACGCGGAAACAGAUGUUGAAAUUGAGCGGAUCCGUCGUCAAAGCCUGAUAAGCAGCGAAGGGAUCAUCCGAGAAGUGUAUGGGUUGCUUGCAGUUGCCCAUUACCGGACUCGUCCGGCAGAUUUGAGACUGCUUCUGGACGAAACUCGGAUGGAGCUUUUCGCGAUUUGGACACCGUGCGGCGGUCACCGCAGACUGCUGGCAUGUGCGCUUCUACUGCACGAACAGCGGGGCGGGCUUCGAAGGCACGAUUUGCUGGCCGAAGCUCUCCUUCCAUCUGGGCAAAUGCAUGAACAAAAAACGUGCAUCAGCCCAACAUUCUUGCGUGUAGCGCGCUUGGCGGUGCAUCCUGAGGUGCAGGGAAAGGGUCUUGGUCACAAGCUGUUGGGUGGAAUCAUCAGAGACCUGUCGGCUCGUGGCGAUGGCCGAGCUGAUGUGCUGGGUGCCAUCUUCAACAGCAACCCGCGGCUGUUGAACUUCUGGAGUUCCGCCGGGUUUGAGCGAGUUCCAGUCUCCAAGAAAACGGGUUUUGAAGCCUCGAGCUGCCUGGUGAUCAAGCCUCUCUCAGACACUGCAACUCGCUUCUGCGCCUGCUUGGCAUCAACUGCACCGGAAAAGGACGCAGAACAGGAGAAUGCAGAGCAGCUGAAGGAAUACGAGGCCAGGCACCUUCUGCGCCCAGCCGCCUAG